AUGGGAGGACCUUUCAAUCACAACAAGGGUGGGAAUAGUAGUAAUUCUAAUAGCAACAGAGGGAGGCCUUAUGGGUUGAUGCUGGUGUUGGUAUUUGGGGCUGCAUUGGUUGGAGUCAUGGUGCUCCAUAAGCUCAGAGAAAGGCGCAUCUUCAACCUUGUGAUCAAAGAGAAAGACACUGAGCUCGUUUCGCUUCACCUCGCCUUACAGAAGGAGAGAGACUACAGUCGGGAAGUGAAAAUGAAGCAUGAAGAUCUGAAAGCGAAGAUGUAUUCCAUUCGAACACAAAAGAUGAGGCUUGAGAGGACAGUGGUGGAGAUGAAGUCUACUAUUGGUUCGCUUAAAGAGGAGCUGAGAACAAUGGAGGCUGCAUUUGAGGAGAAGCAAAACGAAACCAAAAUGCCGUUGAGAGGAAAUGGUGAUCAGAGUGAUAAUCCUCGGGUGAUGAAGUUGGUGGAAAGCUUGAAGCAAAAGGAAGCCGAAAUCGAGGAUUUGAAACACCGCCUUGAGUAUAAGGUGUGGUCGGUAAGUACUGACGACCCAUCAAACCCAACCAGAAAUCUAACCAUGUCCAGAAGGAGAGACGAGGCUGAUCAAGUGUCAAGUGAAGAUGGAAAUGGCAGUAAAUCCAUGAAUUUCAAACAGGGUGAGACUACGAAAGAAGUAGAAGGUCAAGUUGGAAAAGCAGAGGGGGAAACAUAUAGGAUGGAAAUGAUGGCGAAAAAGUCAGAGAAGAUGGGUAAUUCCCAAGAGGUGAAUUUGAAAGGUGGCAAUGGAGGUGGAAAUACCACUGAUGAGGGCCAAGCAAAGAAGAGUCGGGAUUUCAAAGAUGUUGAUCAUAAAAGCGGGGGAUGA